AUGAAAGCUAACUUCAAGUUUUCCAAUAUAUGUGGAACAGUUUAUCGCCAGGGAAAUGUGUUAUUCACGCCAGACGGUAAUUCUUUGUUGAGUCCGGUUGGGAACAGAGUGUCCGUUUUUGACCUCGUCAAUAACAAAUCGUUUACUUUUGCGUUCGAAAAUCGCAAGAACAUUGCUGCGAUUGCGCUGAGUCCCGAUGGCAAUAUAUUGAUCAGCGUUGAUGAAGACGGUCGUGCACUUCUCGUCAACUUCAAGAGAGGCGUUGUCCUCCAUCACUUUAACUUUCACAAACCUAUCAAGGAUAUCAAGUUCUCUCCGGACGGAAAAUACAUUGCUGUUACUCAUGGCGCACAUAUUCAAGUGUGGCGAACACCAAAUCAUCUUGCCCGCGAAUUUGCACCGUUUGUGUUGCAUCGAACCUACACCGGCCAUCAUGACGAUGUUUUGAGUAUUCAAUGGGCGUCUGACUCCAAGUGUUUUAUCUCUGCUUCCCGCGACAUGACGGCCCGACUGUUCACAUUAAAUCCAGUGGAAGGUUUUCGACCGAAAACGUUUGCAGGUCAUAGAAAUGCUGUCUUGAAUGCCUAUUUCGCGUCAGAUGGGACGACUAUUUACACUGUUAGCAAAGAUGGUGCCGUCUUCACCUGGAAAGCGAAAGAGUCCACCGAGUCGGAUUCGGAUGACGAUCAAACUCCCAUCGCGACUACUUCGGAAGGCAACUCAAACUACAUUAUCAAUACCCGCUGGGGUGUCCAUAAACGAAACUACUUCAACCAAGCUGGGACGACUGUGGUCUGUACAACUUUCCAUGCACCCUCCAGUCUCCUUGUCGUCGGCUUUUCCACUGGAAUUUUCGGUUUGUGGGAAAUGCCCGCAUUCUCCAACGUUCAUACCCUCAGCAUUUCUCAAGAAAAAAUCUCUUCGGUUGCCAUAAACCAUUCAGGUGAAUGGUUAGCAUUCGGUGCCAGGAAAUUGGGACAAUUGCUUGUUUGGGAGUGGCAAUCAGAGUCCUACAUCCUCAAACAACAAGGACACUACUUCGACAUGAACACCCUUGGUUACGCUCCCGAUGGACAGACUAUUGCCACAGGAGGUGAUGACGGUAAAGUCAAAGUAUGGUCAACGCAUUCCGGCUUUUGUUUUGUCACCUUUACGGAACACUCUGCGCCCAUCUCAUCAGUAUCCUUUGCAAAACAAGGAAGCGUCCUUUUUUCCGCAUCAUUGGAUGGUACUGUUCGCGCGUUCGAUUUGAUGCGCUAUCGUAACUUCCGAACAUUCACCUCACCGUCUCCCGUACAAUUCUCCUGUCUUGCCGUGGACCCCUCCGGAGAAGUAGUUGCAGCUGGAUCGGCAGAUUCGUUCGAGGUGUUUUUGUGGUCUGUUCAAACAGGGAAAUUGUUAGAUGUCUUGGCGGGUCAUGAGGGUCCCGUCAGCUCUCUGGCGUUUUCACCGUCUGGUGCUAACCAGCUUGCAAGUGGAUCUUGGGAUCGCACCGUGCGUGUGUGGAACGUUUUUGGUCGCUCGCGAGCUGUUGAACCCUUCUCAUUGAACUCGGAUGUUCUUGCCAUCACCUUCCGGCCUGAUGGUAAGGAGGUUGCUGCGUCCACCCUGGAUGGGCAGAUUAUGUUUUUUGAUAUUCAAGAAUCGAAGCAGACGAAUACAAUAGAGGGGCGGAAGGAUAUCUCUGGAGGUCGAAAGGUAGAUGAUCGGAUGUCGGCGGCCAACAGUACUUCAGGCAAAGCUUUCACGAGUCUUGCUUACACAGCUGACGGUCGUUGUCUCUUGGCCGGUGGGAACAGCAAGUAUGUGGUGAUAUAUGACGUGCGAGAAGGGGAAGGGGUGAUGGUAAAAAAAUUCCAGAUAUCGGAGAAUCUGUCAUUGGAUGGAACGCAGGAAUUUCUGGACAGUCGGAGAGUGAACGAAGCUGGUAUCAAUAUCGAUCUCAUUGAAUCCAGGGGAGACGAGAGCGAUCUGGAGGAUCGUCUUGAUACGUCUCUUCCAGGCGCUACCCGCGGUGCUGGAGAUAUGUCAAAACGAAAGUAUCGUCAGGAAGCUAGGACGAAAUGCGUGCGGUUUUCGCCAACAGGGAGAGCAUGGGCUGCAGCAUCCACCGAGGGUCUUCUGAUAUAUUCUCUCGACGAAACCGUUACCUUUGAUCCUUUCGACCUCUCUAUCGACCUCACACCGGAAUCCGUGCUCGAGGUGCUCUCAUCUGGCGAGUACCUCAAAGCACUCGUCAUGGUUUUCCGUCUCAACGAAAAACCGCUGAUUCAACAUGUAUACGAGAACAUACCUCGUGCUGAUAUCCGUCUGGUCGCCCGCCAACUGCCAGUCCUCUACGUACCGCAACUCCUCCGAUUCGUGGCAGAUCACCUCGAGCAAAGUCCACAUCUUGAAUUCGAUCUCCUCUGGGCAAAUACAUUGCUCAUGACGCACGGGCGGUACCUUCGAGAUCGUUCAGCAGACUACGCGAGCGUUUUCCGGAUGUUGCAAAAAGGUCUAGGGGAUUGCGAGGCAACUAUCUCAAAGCUCUGCGACCAAAAUUUAUCGACUUUAUCCUAUAUGAUUGACCAGGGCAGGUUGCAGCAGAAUAUGGACAUUGACGAGCUUUAG